GUGGUCCAACUUGGGAACACGACCUGAACUAUUCCGGGGGCUUCCCACUUCCUCCACCUUAAGCAUACCAAAGGCGACACGAAAAAAGAUGCUUCAGGAUCUUUGUAUCAUCCCCGGGAGGCUGAGCUUGGGAUUAUACUUGCUAAACGCCUUCAGGAAAAGGGGCGCUAAAGAUAUCCUCAUCAUGUCCCCAUACCGGGCUCAAGUGGCCCUGGUUAAAAAGAUAAGGGACCAAAAAUAUCCCGAGAGCCUGAUCCGCCCCAGGGUCCAGACUGUCGACGCAUCUCAAGGCUCCGAGGCCGACGCAGUCAUUGUGCUAACCACACGUAAUAUCGGCGGCGUCGGGUUCCUCCAAUCUACCAAGCGGACUAACGACUGGGUUAGGAGCAAGAUCUUCAUGAAGGACGCGGGGAAAUUCUAUGCCUACCUUCAUGAGGCCGAGCGUGUCCUGCGCGUGGAGAUGAAGAUGGAAUAUGCCGUCGGCCCAUGA